UUCCUUUCCCUUUAAAUGCAAAUCCCGGCGCUGGGGCUGCGGGGACGAGUGUCCGGCGGGCUCGAGGACGCGGCCGGGCCGGGACCGGGGGCUGGGUCGGUACCAGGGGCCGGAUCGGGGCUCAGCGCGGGUCAGUCCCCGCCGGACGGCCGGAGGCUACGGACAAAGGGGCUCCCGCAGCCCCCGGCUCCGCUCCAGCGCAGGGGCCGCGAUCGCGAAGCCCCAACCCGGCUGCUGGUGCCCGGGUCCGAGCUCCCGAUACCGCCCGGAGCUCCCGGUGCCGCCCGGAGCUCCCCGGGGGAACCCAACCCCGCCCGCUCCGGGCAGACCCCGGCGGGGCCCAGAGGCCCCGGUGCGGGGAAGGGGCCACCGAGAGCCGCGCCCGUCCCGCGCAGGGUCCCCGGUGCCGGGAUGGAGGAGCGGAGGAAGAAGCGGAGCCCCAAGACCUGCCUGGCGCAGCCGCCGCCCCCUGGAGCCCCCCGGCCGCUGCCCCCCAGCAAAAGCGCGUCCUUCGCGCUGCCGCUGCCCGCCCAGCCCUCGCCCCGCCAGCGCGCCCGGCUCCGGCGGUCAGUGCCGGGGCUGGGGGGUGACCGGCAGCCCCCCGGGGUCCCUCCGGUGCGGGGCGGUGGGUCCGGGCGGUACCAGCCUGUGUGUGCCCCGGGCAGGGCCAGCAAGGAGCGGGGGGGCGCGGCGCGGGGGGCCCCGCUGCAGCACAGCUUCCUCACCGACGUGUCCGACGUCUGCGAGAUGGAGGGGGGGCUGCUCAGCCUCCUCAGCGACUUCCACUCCGGGAAGCUGCAGGCGUUCGGGAAGGAGUGCUCCUUCGAGCAGCUGGAACACGUGCGGGAGAUGCAGGAGAAGCUGGCGCGGCUGCACUUCGGGCUCGACGGCUGCGUGGAGGAGCUGCCCGAGGAGCAGAAGAAGGUGGCGGCUGACAGGAACCUGGACCAGCUGCUGGCACACCUGGAGGAGCUCAGCAGCUCCAUACAGAAGCUGCACUUGGCCGAGAGCCCGGACCCCGAGGACGCGGCCGCCUGACCCCGCGCCCGCCGCCAGGAGCCCCCACGGGAGCCGCAGGCCCCAGCGGGGCCGCCCCAAGCGGGAGGGACGACGGCGGCGGCACCGGCGACAACGCGGGGCCACUCGGGCCCAGCGCGGGCAGCUCCGCCCCGCCGCCAUCUUUGCGGGACCCACGUGACGGGCGGUGGCGUCGUCGCGG